CUAUCCUUUUGUGUCCAUCACCCCAAGUCCACAACAACCUAGAGCAUUUAACAUUAGGGCCCAGCUAGGUUAAAUUGACGCCUUCAAGUCGGAGCAACGAAGGAAGAUGAGCGUGUGGAAGCAUUUAGCGCUGUUGGGGAGAGCCAAUUCGAAGGAAUCAAUAGAAUAUAUACUUGAAGCUCUGUGGAGAACUCGCAAGACAGGGCUUGAUGCCGCCGACCGCCAAAUAUUCCGCGAAAUGCUUCAACUUCCUAAUGAUUCUGACCUCGACCCUCUUCUGGUGUGCCUUCGUAUUUUGAUUCGCAAAUGUGUUUAUGAGAAUUCCAAGAAGGAUGAAAUUCAAAAGUUGUUUCCUGCUGAGGUCCAACCCGAGUUACAAAGAUUAUUAACACUUCUACUGCAAAAAUUUCAAAAGGAGUGGCGUGAAGAUAUAGCUAAAGAAGAUACAGCUAAUGACCGGGUCAUCUUGCCUCAACUGAGAGCAAUGACAUGGAGCAGGGGAAAUGAGGGCAGUGAAAUUGGAGACCCUGCAGCAAUUACAAAUUUAAAGCUUCGAGGUGAUGAAAAAUCUAGCUGCAAAGAAAACGAUGUGCAGUUCCACUUGAGAAAGGGCACUUUAGAAACAAUGUUGAAGUCAAUGUACUCUGUAAGGAGCCAACUGUCGGAUGAUGUACAAAUAUCAAAUAGAUCGUAAUUGUGUACCCCAACAAACAAAUAAGCGUGUUUCUUGGAAUAUGGAUGAGGUGCUGGAAAGACAAGCAAAUUGUUCUGUUAUGCCCAACUUGUUUACAUCGACUACAUUUGGUAGUCUUCAAUGGUACUGAUUCAGUCGCAGGGAUAUGCCUCUUCUUUUGUCUUUUUCCUUGUAAAAUCUCUACAUCGGGAGGUUUUGUGAUCUCAGAUUCUACAUUUUGUGGAAUAUCCCAUGAUUUUUGAUCUCCCACGAUAUUCACAUGUCCUUCAUAUGUUUUGAACCUUGUUUCCUUUGAAUACCAUUUUGAGCAGUAAUCAUAUUUCUGCAAAUAUCUCUUAUUAAUAGUAGCAAUUACAUGUGGACAGGGCAAUUCAUCAAGUUGGAAUUCCAAGCAGUCACAAGUUCUCUUCUUUAAGUCCACAAUGAAUUCGAUUCAUUCACUAUUUAUUCUAAAUAACAUUGAAUCAAGG